AUAUGGUUCGUGAUAGUGCGUCUAAGAACGUUGGCGUAGUUAUUGGACCUGAUAGCAUUGGUACUUUGAGCUUUACUAGUGGAAGUACCGGAACCCCUAAAGGUGUAAGAGGAAGACAUUUUUCGCUCACACAUUAUUAUCCGUGGAUGUCACGAAAAUUUGGGAUUUCAGAUAAAGAUCGAUUCACCAUGUUAAGUGUUUUUACGCCUUUAUUUUUUGGUGCUGAAUUACACAUUCCAACUAGUGAAGAUAUUGGUGUUCCUGGCAAGUUAGCUGAGUGGAUGGCUGAACAUGAAGUCACUAUUACACAUCUCACUCCUGCGAUGGGUCAAUUGCUUUCUGCAAAUGCUACCGCUCUAAUUCCAACACUCCGCAAUGCAUUUUUCGUUGGUGACAUUUUAACAAAACGAGAUUGUAAUCGUCUUCAAAAUUUAGCUCCAAAUACCAGUAUCAUAAACAUGUAUGGUACAACUGAAACUCAACGUUCUGUUUCAUAUUUUUUAAUUCCACCAUUGUCUUCCGUUCCAACAUUCUUGGAAUCACAAAAAGAUAUUAUGCCAGCCGGUGAAGGUAUGCAAAAUGUACAAUUAUUGGUGGUUAAUAGACACAAUAAAAAUCUUUUAUGUGGCGUUGGAGAGAUUGGCGAAAUUUAUGUUCGGGCUGGUGGAUUAGCUGAAGGAUAUUUAAGGCUGGAUGAAGUUACGAAUGAAAAAUUUUUAAAGAAUUGGUUUAAUAAUAAUAAUGAAGAACUAGAAAUGUCACAAAGUGAUGAUAAUGACACGCAAGAAUGGAGACGUUUUUGGAAAGGAAAAAGGGAUAGGUUGUACAAAACUGGCGAUUUAGGAAGGUAUCGACCUAGUGGAGAUGUUGAAUGCGUUGGAAGGGUUGAUGAUCAAGUCAAAAUUCGUGGAUUCCGUAUUGAACUUGGAGAAAUCGACACACAUUUAUCACAACAUCCGCUUGUUAGGGAGAAUGUCACGUUAGUGAGGAGAGACAAGAAUGAAGAGCAAACUCUUGUUUGUUAUUUUGUACCUCUUCAAGGCGGCGACUUAAACGAGUUUCUAAGUUCUACUGAUGAAAGUGAUGUUGAAGAAAUGAUGGUUGAAAAACGAAAAUAUAAUAGACUUAUAAAGCAAAUUAAAGAUUAUUUAAAGACGAAAGUACCAUCUUAUUGUGUUCCAAGCGUAUUUGUUCCAUUGAAAAAGAUGCCAUUAACACCAAAUGGAAAGAUAGAUAAACAAGCAUUACCAUUCCCUGACACCGCAAAAUUCGUGUCAGCAUCUGUAACUGCAAAAAGUCAAAAGAUGUCACAAUCUGAACGAGCA